AUGUGUAGUACUGCCUAUUUCUCCAGCCAGUUAUAUUCCAGUUGUUGUCAACAAUCACCCUUCAUCAACACACAAGCACCACCAGUCACAGCAGCUCCAACUACUACUACUACUACCACCACCCUUACUCCGAUCACCAAAGAAUGUGGAAUCAGCACCAAGAAUCCAGCAACAAGAUUUGCAGCAUUUACAAACGUUAUUCGACAAUUCCGUAUUGUUGGUGGUGUAAAUACUGAACCCUGUGAAUAUCCAUGGAUGGUUCGUCUUCAGGCUGGUGAUUCUCUUUGCGGAGGAACAAUUAUUGAUGAAACACACAUAAUGACAGCUGGGCAUUGUAUUGGUUCAAAUACAGCAGCCGAUAUGAAAGUCAUUGUUGGAGAAUAUAAUUUUAAUAAACAAGAAGCGAACAAUGAACUGUUUGAUGUAUCCGCCAUUAACCUUCAUCCUAAUUACAACGAAGUUUCCGCUGGUGCUGUUGAGAACGAUAUAGCCAUUUUAACACUGUCAAGACCUCUAACAUACAGUGAUUGUGUUCAGCCUAUUUGUUUAGCUCAACCUGGCGACAGCGCUUCACUUGAUGAUACUCAAUGUACAACGAUUGGGUGGGGAACUACUUCGUAUCAAGGAAGUGCGUCACCUAUACUGCAAGAGGUUACUAUGCCAACAUUCAGUGGUGCUCUUUGCGCAUCUAACUUUCCAAAUACUACACCAACCAAUACGAACCUUCAAAUAUGCGCUGGUAGACCGGAAGGUGGCGCUGAUAGUUGCCAGGGUGACUCCGGAGGACCUCUGUUUUGUCCAGUAAAUGGACAAUAUGUACAAUAUGGUAUUGUAUCAUAUGGUGAUGGCUGUGCUUUAAGUGGUAAUGCUGGUGUGUACACUGAUGUUGGGGCAAUGUCAAGCUUCAUCAACAGUGUUAUCUAAUUAUUUUAAAAGAAAUAUGUUCUUUUGAA